AUGGGUUCGAGUAGCGGUUUGAUCGUUGCCGGGAUUGCCGGUGCGACAGCCAUUGGCAUCUCGUUCGCGGCAAUACCGUUCCUCACCCCUGCGCUGCGACGCGUCUGCAUUCCCUACGUACCCGCUACCCCGCCACAACUCAAAAACAUGAAAUUUGGCGAACAAUUGGCGAGCCACUUGACACCGGAAUGGCGAAAGCAAUACAUCGAUUACGAAGCGCUCAAGAAUCUUCUCUACGACAACAUGUUGGAAGUGCCGUCGGAGGAAGACCGUAGAGAGGAGCACAUUGCUCAAAUGGAUGAGAAGUUUUUCAAUGAGUGUGAAAAUGAGCUGACUAAGAUCAACCUGUUUUUCUCGCAAAAGAUAGCAGAGGCCCAGGGCAAGUAUCACGAACUGCAGACUGAUCUGCAAAUGUUCAAGGAGGCGAUUCAGACGCGGACUGAGCCUACCACUCUGAGGAGGAGGUUCGGAGCACGUGACAAACUUCACAAGGAAACAGCGAAAACCAGCCAGCAGUUGAAACUCGCCUUCUCGGAGUUCUACCUCAGUCUGGUCCUGGUCCAGAAUUUCCAGCAACUGAAUGCCACCGGGUUUCGAAAGAUUCUCAAGAAGCAUGACAAGCUGACUGGGAAUGAGCGUGGAUUGGACUGGCGAAUUAACAAGGUUGAAAAGAGUUCGUUCUUCCUCAAUCGUGAGAUCGAAACACUCAUCAACAAUGUCGAGACAUCUGUGAUUAACGAGCUCGAAGGCGGCAAUCGUCAAGCAGGAAUGAAACGUCUCAAGGUCCCUCCGCUCUCUGAGAAACAAAGGCCGAUCACAACAUUUUCUCUUGGUCUUUUCAUGGGGGCCAGCAUAAUUCUGAUCUUAUCGAUCUUUCUCUCCUGGUGGGGUGCUGCAGUUCGUCCUAAUGAACCUCAAUGGGUGGCAGUGCGACUUUUCCGUGGGCCGUUCCUGCUGUUUCUUUCGGUCUUCAUGUGUGGAGUAAACAUGGCUGGUUGGGCUGGUGCUGGUGUAAACCAUGUUCUGAUUUUCGAAGUGGAUCCUCGACACCAUCUUUCGUACCAAACGCUCAUGCAAAUCGCGGCUUUCAUGAUCAUGUUGUGGGCCUGUGCCGUGCUCGCCUAUCUUUACGCCCAUCUUCUACACAUACCUGCAUUUUCUCCUCCUUUAGUACUAAUGAUUAUCUGUGCAGUGGUACUGUUUAACCCAUUUUCCAAACCAGACUACCUUUUUCACAAAAAGUCAAGGUGGUGGCUCAUUCAGCACUGUUUCAAAUGCUUCACCGCUCCCUUACAUUUCGUCACAUUCACGGAUUUCUGGCUCGGUGAUCAGAUGAAUUCGCUGACGACAUCAUUUCUUGACUUCCAGUAUUUUCUAUGUUUCUAUUCCACCGAAGUGGACUACUCACCUGAUAAUUUUAUGGCUGUGCGAACGAUAAACUCGACGACAGGAGCUGUACCAUGGGGUUACGUCGACAUUACCACAGGC